CAUUCGGUAUUCAGAUAAUAGCAUAUUCUAUUGCCGCACCUUUGCAGACAGAGAAGUUUUAUGAUAUUACCGGGUGCGGCACUUAUACAAUUUGCGCAAUUAUAUCUUUACUGAAACCAUGGAAAUUACCAUUACCUGAUAAUUUUCAAUCUAUUUUACGACUUCAUCAUCCCCGUCAACUACUUGCUACUGGAAUGAUAAUAAUUUGGUCAACUCGAUUGGCAAUCUUCUUGUUUAUUCGCGUUUUAAGGGCAGGACAUGAUUCAAGAUUUGAUAAAGUUAAAAAGAAACCUAUAAUAUUUAUGGUUUAUUGGUUAUUACAAGCCACGUGGAUUUUUGUUACGGGAUUGGGUGUUUAUUCUGUCAAUGCUUUACCUAAAGAAGUUCAAUCUGACCUAUGUUUGUUUGAUCAUAUUGGGGCAGCAAUUUGGCUUUUUGGAAUAACUUUGGAGGUUAUCGCGGAUAAUCAAAAGACCGAAUUUAGAAACAAUCCAGAAAAUAAAGAAAAGUUUAUAAAAUCUGGAUUGUGGAGUCUAAGUCGACAUCCAAAUUACUUUGGAGAAAUUAUCUUGUGGUAUGGGGUAACUUUACUUUGUUCACCAACAAUUACCCAAGUAUCUCAGUCAAAUCCCGAAAUUGUUCGUCCGUUAUAUGCUUAUUUUGUUUGGUUAUCUCCUAUAUUCACAACUUUAAUGAUUACAAAAUUAUCUGGUAUCCCAAUCCUUGAGAAAUCUAGUGAUAAAAAAUUUGGAAGACUUGAAGAAUAUCAAUUAUAUAAGGAAAGAACAAAUGUUUUAUUCCCUUGGCAUUUUCACACCUUUUCGAUAAUGUUAAAUAAAGGAAAAUCGCGUCCGGGACGUACAUUUCGACUUAGACAACGCCGACGCAAAGUUAACGAAAAACAAUUAAAAGCCAUAAAAAUUAUUCAGGAAGAUAAUUGGACUAAUUUUAGAGAAUGGUUAAAACGAAAAGGAUUUCCAAAAACGAAUUUAACUUUAGCUGAGUUUCAAGAUACAGGAAGAGGAAUGAUGGCAACGAGAAAUAUUAAUGCUGGUGAAAUUAUAAUAUCUGUUCCGAAAAAGUUUUUAUUAACUCGAGAAAGCUUGAAAGAUCAACUCUCUCGGCAUUCAAUGAAAUUCACCGCACACCAGUUUAUAGCCUUAUAUUUAAUUUUGGAAUAUAAGAAAGGAAAGCAAAGUAAUAUAUAUCCGUAUAUCGAUAUGUUGCCUAAGGAUUUUGACAAUAUGCCAUUAACUUACGGCAAAGAAUUUUUCGAUUUAUUGCCAUAUAAUGUCCAAGUGGACGUGGAAUCUCAAAGAACGAAGUUUGAACGUGAUUAUAAAGGCAUCAAAAAAUUCCUUGACGGUCAACCAGAUUUUCAGUCAAAGAUUACUCGCGAAGAUUAUUUAUGGGGUUGGCUUUGUGUUAAUACGCGAUGUAUUUACCUCGAAAGUAAGAGUUCGUAUGAUGUAAAAGAUCAUAUUGCAAUUGCUCCUUUUUUGGAUUUUUUAAAUCAUUCGCAUGAGGCAAAGAUCAAGGGCGAAUUCAAUCAGGCGACACAAUGUUAUGAAAUAACCACUUUUACCCCUUAUAAAAAGGGAAAUCAGGUUUUUAUUAACUAUGGGCCUCAUGACAAUUUUUUUAUAUUAAUGGAAUAUGGUUUUGUUAUUCCAAAUAAUCCUUAUAAUUAUGUAUCUCUUGACAGAGAAUUUUUUGAAAUUUCUCUUCCUGAAGAGACGGAACUCAUCAGACAAGAAAAACUUGAUUUGUUAUUGCAUCAUGGCUUUUACGGUGAUUAUAGUUUACGGAUAUCUGAGAUUUCAUUUAGAUUAAUGACAGCUUUGCGUUUGCGUGUCAUACAACGAUUCAAUGUCUCGACAUUAGAAGCUCAAGGCAUUAUACGAAAAUGGAAAAAAACUAUUACAGGAUUAACGGAGAUUAUAAAUCCGGAAAAUGAAAGAUUAAUGUACUUUCAUCUUAAAUUAAUAUGUGACAAUGCUUUGUUAAAAUCUGAAACUGUCUUGGAGGCUUUGAAAGUAUUUGACGGGACAAGGGUUUCUUUGUCACACACCAAACUACUUUGGUUAGAAUCAAUUACCAUUUUGCGUUCCGUGAUCAGUAUCAUACAAGAUUUUCAACAGGAAAUCUUUAUGUAG